AUGCCGUAUUCUAGCAUCGGUUCUUGGAUGGCUUUCAGCCUCGCCUCAAUUAUAGUUCCUAUUCAAGUCGCUUCCAGCUCAAGAAUCGCGACGUUUACGGACGGGCAGUGCAAGAAUGCGUUCCAAAGUAUCAAUGCAGAAAAUGGCUAUCCUAAUGGGACUUGCACUCGAUUGGCCGACCAGGGGAAAUACGGGAGCUUUCAGGUCGUAGGUCUUGAUCCAGGCUGCAGUGCUACCAUCUACGGGGCCGAUAGCGAAGAAUUCGUACCAUGCUCUUCGACAGUCCUCCAGUUCGCUCAGAUAGCCGAGUGUUAUAACUCGUCUUUCGUCUAUUACAGCGUCGAUGCUUGUACCCCACCUGAUCAAAUAUCGUCGUCGUCGCUGAUUCCAACAUCAUCGUCCUCCCCAUCUUCGACCCCAUCUUCUAGUGCAGUGAGCGGACCCAAGAAGAACAACACUGGUGCUAUAGCUGGUGGUGUAGUUGGUGGCGUGUGUGGACUUGCUCUCAUCGCUGUCGCUAUCUUUUUACUUCUACGUCGUAAGAAGAAACAAAAUCAAGUGCCAGAGAUACCCUCCGACGAGCGACGAGAGGUUGGUGGAAGUGCAAUUACUGAAUUGCCACACGAAGAUCGAAAGCAAGAGAUGGAUUCCAAGAACAUAGCACCUCAGGAAAUCGGUGUCAAGCCUAGCGUGGAAAUACCACCCGCUGAGCUGCCAGGCGACGAUGUUGCUCAGGAUUCUCAGUACAUACCCGACUCUCAGCUCACUAUCGGUGAGAAGCGCUAA